GAGGCGGUCCCAAUAUCAUCACACUGGCACACGUUGUAAAAGACCCUGUGUCACGAACCCCUGCCUUGGUUUUUCGAACACGUAAACAACACAGACUUCAAGCAAUUGUACCAGGCGUUAACAGACUAUGAUAUGCGAUUUCACAUGUAUGAGAUUCCGAAGGCCCUGGAUUAUUGUCGCAGCGUGGGAAUUAAGCAUAGAGAUGUGAAGCCCCACAAUGUCAGGAUUGAUCAUGAGCACAGAGAGCUACGACCAAUAGCCUGGGGUUUGGCUGAGUUUUACCAUCCUGGCCAAGAAUAUGAUGUCAGAGUUGCUUCCCGAUACUUCAAAGGUCCUGAGCUACUCGUAGACUAUCAGAUGUACCAUUAUAGUUUGGAUAUGUGGACCUGGGGUUGUAUGCUGGCAAGUAUGAUCUUCCGGAAGGAGCCUUUUUUCCAUGGACAUGACAAUUAUGAUCAGUUGGUGAGGACAGCCAAGGUUCUGGGGACCGAAGAUUUAUAUGACUAUAUUGACAAAUACAACAUUGAAUUAGAUCCACGUUUCAAUGAUAUCUUGGGCAGACACUCCCGUAAGCGAUGGGAACGCUUCGUCCACAGUGAAAACCAACACUUUGUCAGCCCUGAGGCCUUGGAUUUCUUAGACAAGCUUUUGCAAUAUGACCACCAGUCACGGCUUACGGCAAGAGAGGCCAUGGAGCACCCCUAUUUCUAUACUGUUGUGAAGGACCAAGCUCGAAUGGGCUCAUGGAUGGAUCUAAUUCAAUGUUGUAGCAUGCCAGGGGGCAGUACCCCUGUCAGCAGCGCCAAUAUGACGUCAGGGAUUUCUUCAGUGCCAACCCCUUCACCCCUUGGACCUCUGGCAGGCUCACCAGUGAUUGCUGCUGCCAACCCCCUUGGGAUGCCCGUUCCAGCUGCCGCUGGCGCUCAACAGUAAUGGCCCCUUCUGUCUCCUGAUGCCUAAGCAGAGGUGGGGGAGUCCACGCUCUCCUUGAUGCAGCUUGCGCCUGGCAGGGAGGGGUGAAUUA